CCGCGUUGAAAAUGGAUGCCUAGGGAAAACAAAAUAUUAUUUCCCCUAUUGUAACUCAUUAAACGACCAAUAUGACUGAUAUUCUAUGUAGAUGGCUCAACGAUGAGCUGAAAGUAUCACAACGAGCAGACCCAACCACAUUUGAAAGAGAUUUUGCCUCUGGGUUUUUGAUUGGAGAAGUUUUAGAAAAAUAUCAGCUGCAAAAUGAUUUUGAUAAAUUUUCACAGAGCAAGACAUCAGACUCCAAGCUCAACAAUUUCACCAGGAUUGAGCCAACACUUCAUUUGUUGGCCAUCCCAUUUGACACAAAUGUUGCUCGAGCCAUCAUGACGGAGACCCAUGGAGUGGCAACUCGUCUCAUGUACCAGCUCUAUAUCGCCCUCACCAACAAGAAGAAGUCAAACUUGACGGGUGUUGCCAUGGAAACAAUGAGGCCGGCUGCUCCUGCGAAACUGAACGCUGUGGAAUCAGGAAUCUACAAGGAUAGACUGAAGCACAUGACGCCAAGGCAGAGUGACCUGGAACUCCAGGACGUUGUGAACCGUUUCCAUGAGAAACAGAUCGAGAUGGAGAAAGUUGCGUUCCGGGAGAGAUUUCUCGAGCAGGAGAGAAUCCGAGAACAGCAGCAAAAGGAACGCAAGCUUCUCAUCGAUCGAGCCCGCGCCAUGAAGCUUAAACAGAGCGAAAUGGUUGCUAGAAUACAGGCUGCUACUGUAGAGAUACCUAAGCCUCCACCCCAGAAGACCGUGGAAGCAAUGCAAGCCAGGGCGACGGGACGCAGGAGGAAAAUUGCCCAGGAUACAGUGCGAGCCAUCAGUGACUUUGAGGAGAGAAUGAAGCUGUCUAUGCCUCCGACAAAAGAUGAUGAUGACGAGGGUAUUGAAAUGGAGUAUCUCCUGGCUCGUGAAGAUGAAAAGAGUGACCUAGAGAACGCGGACCUCAUUAAGCCGCGUACGAAUGAUGAAUACAUUGGCAAAAUCCGCAAACGUCUGCAGGAGGAUUCAUCAGCGAGAGCCGAGCGGGAAAAGCGCCGUAGGAAGGUCAUUGUGGAUCAAAUCAAAGCACACGAGGCCCAGGAGGAGGCACAUCGUGAAGAGAUGUUGGUAAAUCGCCUCAUGCGUCAGUCCCAGCAGGAGCGUCGUAUUGCCGUACAACUGUUACAGGCUCGCCAUGAGAAAGAAGUGAUCAGGAAAAAUCGUAUCCUCCGCGAACAGAUGUACGAGGAACGGAGAAGGAAGGACUUCGAGGAGGCUAUGAACAGAGAGGCUGAGAUGGCAAGACUUGCCAAACAGGAGUACGAAGAGCAGACGCAGAUGGACAAGGAGCUACACGACAAGAUUGCCGCAGAGCGCGCCGAGGCCAAGUACCGCAGACAUUACGAGAUGUGUCAAGGCGUGGUUGAUCAGAUAGUGGACUUCUCCGGCAAGGUGGCAGAGUACCGGGAACUUACUAACAACCUAGUUCCCGCCAAGCUGAUGCGGGAUUGGCGUGCUCAGUUUGAGGCGGGAAUCCCCUUGUAUGAGAAGAAGGCCAUAACAGAGGACACAGGGCCGACCCCGGAGCAGGUGAUCGAGGAGGAGAGGUUAAACCUUCUUGAUGAGGGAGACUUCAUAGAAUAUAAGAACAUGGUAGGAGAAUGGCAGCCUCCAGAAGGCAGUGAGACAAUCCAUCUACCCCGGGACAACCCGAUAGUAGGCCAUGUGGUACAGAGGCUCAUGAACAUGGUCUAUCCAGCUCAGGCUCGCCCUGCACCACCAGAGUUUCCGCCAUUCCCGAUACGAGCAUGCGUCCUCGGCAAGGCGUUUGCUGGCAAGUCCUCCUGUAUCCAACAUAUCGCAAAUGAACAUCGUCUGCAGCUUCUGAAUGUCGACCAUCUUGUAAAUGAAGCUAUAGAAGCCAGCAAAGCUGGAGAAGUUAUGCCUGCGGAAAUUGGAGAAGAAAAGAGCUCGGCUGAGACCCAAAAUCUUGAUCCCUCCUCCAAGCUAACUAACAUACAAAUAAAGAUUCGUGCCCCUACUGGAGAAGGCUUAAACACCCCUGUCCCCUUACCGGAAGUCCAAGCACCCAAGGAAGACCAGAAUGAGGCUGGUGAGGGAAGGGAAUCCCAACAGGACGUCACCAAAGAGGAGCCUAAAUCAUCUAGGAAAACCCCUGUUAGAUCAAAACAACCAAAGGAAUUGCCAACACCAAGAGCCAAACUUGGAGCUAAGGCCCAGAGGUUCCUGAAGAAAGGCCAGGCUGUGGAUGAUCAAGUUCUUGUUGAUAUUCUAGUGGAGUCAAUCAGACGUGUACCAGAGGGCACUGGCUGGGUCAUUGAUGGUUUCCCGAUGAAUUAUGCGCAGGCAAAGAUGCUUGAGAAAGCCUUGAGUGGUUAUGAUGCUGCAGCCAAGUCUGGAAAGGGACCAAGUGCAAGCAAGCAGAAGAAAUCUGUUCUUGCACCAGACCCGCGUCCACCCCCGACCCCUGUUGACCCUGCGAGCGGGAUUGAUGUUGUCAUCAUGUUUGAUGCUAAUGAUGAACUGUGUCUAAAAAGGGCUGCAGGAAGAACAAGGGCUGUCCAAUCAGAGAAGGAAUACCAGCAGGAGUUUAACCCCCCACCGGAGGGGAGCGCCACAGGGGUGGGAAAACAGGAGCAAGUUGUGGAAGUAGAGGACCCGGCACACGACCAGGAACAGAUCCAGCACAGGAUCACUGGUUUCCUGGACAGCUGGCCCAAGCUUGAGAAGUGGUUUACCAAGUUUGGUACUCUACAAAAGGUGGACGCCUCCCUUCCCUCACAGAGCGUGCAACUCGAGGUGGAGAAGAUACUGGAGGACACACUCAACAGGCUGCAGGGCAAGGACCAGGAGAGCUCCCAGCAGCCUGUGGAGCAGACGGAGACAGUUGAGGAGAAGAAAGAGGAACCCCCUGCACCGGCACCAGAGCCACCCAAAACCCCACCCCCUGAGGAAAAGUCGAGCAGACCCUCAUCCAGGAAAGAUUCUCUCGAUCCUGCCUCUAACGGUUCAGGAAAGAAGGGUUCUCGCUCCUCCUCGAAGGAGUCUCGCAGCAAAUCGCCCAAGGACAAAGACAAGAAGCGGGACAAGAGUGGCUCACCCAAACGAGGGGCCAGCCCAAAGAAAUCAGACUCUGGCAGUGGCAAAAAAAGCAGAGGUGCAUCUCCGAAGUCCAAGAAGGGUUCUGGUAAGAAGGGCAAGACACCUGAACCGGAACCUGAACCAGUUCCAGAGGAGCCCACAGGCCCCCCGCCCCCUCAGCCUGGCUCUGAGGAGUGGGAGUUUGUCGACCAAGAGCUGGAGAAGGAACUUGCCAAGAUUCUUGCUGAUCACUGGGAAGCUGUUGAGAAGAUGUACAUUCAGGACGGCAAGUUUGUCUUCCGAAAGAUAAGAGAUGAGCGGGAAAACAUCUACAGAUACUUCUUCCAGAUCAGGAAGGACUACCUUGCAUACUUAAGGAGACCAGACCACAAGCAGGAGUUUGUCUCCCAAUUCCAAAAGGAAUACAACGAUGUACCUGACGAUAUGCGGGAAGAUGAAGAGACAAAAAUGGAGCUUCACCAGCGUGUUGAUGAUCUCCGUGAACGACUCUGGAACAUCUGUGAUGAGCGCAAGGAGCAGGCUGAGUCUGAACGGGAAACCGUUAUAAAUGAUGGCUGGCUCGAUGACAGAUUGGGAGUAUUGAGCAACUUCUACAUCACGCUGAUGCAGACGGAGGUUGACCGCUUCCAAGAUACGGUUCGCAUGAUGAAGGAUUAUUAUCGUGGAAUGGAGGGAGAAAUUCCUGACGAGCUCAACGUUAACUACAUUAGGCUGCCUCUAAUUGAGCUCCCUGUGGAGAGACCAGAAUCCCCGGAAAAGGCUGGAAGUGAGGGUCGUCAGACGCCAACCCCAGAUGAUCGACCAGGGACAGGGAAAUCUGACCGUCCCCGUUCAAAAUCCCCCCGGUCACCAAAGGGGGGCAGGAGCAAAUCCCCGCGGGAGAAAUCCCCGAAGGGAAGCAAGUCAAGGUCAAGGACACCAUCGGCAAAAAAGAGGGACAAGAGUAAGGAGAAAGAAAAACCGGCAGAGAUUACAACGUUGCCAACACCCCCUGGCAAGAGAAUUCCUUUGAUCCCUCGACGUCCGACAUCAGCGGACAUAGAAGCAAAAUCAAAGGAAGUCGCAAAGACGAAGGACAAGAAGAAAAAAGAUGAUGGCUACGAGAGUCCCGUUCCGCCGACGGAUCCUGAUGAGAAACUCAUCUUUGACGCUUUCCAGAUGGGUGUAACCAAUAUCAGCACCAUAAUGUCUCUGGAGGAGGCCGCACGAGAAGCCGCAGAGGAAGCGGAGCGCCAUAAAGAGGCUGAGAAGCAGAAGGAAGCAGCAGCUGCUGCUUUGGCAACCAAGGCAAAGCCAAAGGGCAAGGGAAAAAAGAGCCGCAGCCCCUCUCCCAAGAAAGGAGGCAAGGGGAAGGAAGAGGGGGCACCAACACCAGUCCCGUCUGAGCCAGUGUCGGAGGAUGAACAGCAAAGGCGUGAUGUGCGCGAUCGCAUGAAGCAGGAGUAUUUCUUCAGUAUUGCUGAGGAGGAGAAGGCAUGUAAGACUCGCAUGGAGCUUGUCAAGGUCACCGCGAUGGCCGUGAUGCAUGAUUUGAAGAACAAGGCAGAUGAAGCAUUCAAAGACAUGAAUGAUUGGCUGGGAGCACGUUACCUGAAGGAGAUGGAAAGCAUCGACCACAUGUCUGAGAUUGUCCGUAACGCUAUUGAGAGCAAGAUGAAGAUCAAGCAGGAGUUGAUGUUGAAGCAGCAGGAAUUCCUUAUGAACGAGGACCUGGCGGUGUUGAAGACCCCGUCUCCCCCACCCCCUGAAAAGGAAAUUGAAACCCCCACAUCUGACUGUUUUACUGUGGCGCAACUUAUGAAUUUAUUUGCUCAGUUUGCGACCACAGCUCCGACAGGUGUGAUGUCAAACAAGUCGUUCUUGGAGACAUUUGAGAACAUGGUAUCUGUCACCCACGGCAUGGAACAACUUCCUGAUAUCUGGCUCAAUGUUUCGCCCCAACAGAUCCAGGACAUAGCAAAUGGCUGCUCAUCUGAUAAUGAGUAUGUUGAUUGGCGUCGGUUCCUGAUUGCGCUGGCCCAACCUAUACCAACGCCGACACAAUCCAACUUGCUCGAGACUCUCGGCAGAUUCAAGGAGAUGGACCAGAAAUCAACUGGAUUCGUUACACGGGAACAGUAUGAUAGGAUGGACCUGUGGUUCAGCCCCUCGGACAGUAACGGCUAUAACCGUCUGUCCAUGCUGAAGGCCUCUCUGUUUGACAUCUUUGCCAACCAUGGAAGAAUCCCACCAGUGGUUGACUACAUAGGCAUGCUGCUGUACUUUAGUGCGGCUGGUAGCUCACAGGAAGGCUUCAUGAGGGCUCUCAGUGUAUCAGCCGGUACCCACAUGCCCCGUCUCCUUAAAUCACCGCCCAAACCUCAGGACAUACUAAGCCCAGAGAUCCCAGAAGACCUGGAGGAUGUUUCUCCAAUGCCACCGCCGGAGGACAUCCCGUCUGAAGCCAUUGACGCAGUUGUACCCCUUGAUGCACUCUACCGUGUUCUGCACCAUGGGGAGACACCCAAGGGUGACAGUCACAGAUACUCCGUCACUGCUGACCCUGAGGAUGCAACGUCUCGGGAGCGGUUGGCGAGUGUUUAUCAGGAGCUUGGCAAUGAUAACCUUGAAAGUGUGCCCUUUAAAGUUUUGGUCGAACAUCCCUUGAUCCAGGAUGUUAUCAACGCUUGCAAGACGUUUAAAUCUCUUGAUCUGAAAACAAUACUGUCAUCAUCUGACAACAUGGACGCCACAAGCACCAAAACAGGAGAAUAAAUAAACACAUUUGUGCUUAAAAUGAAUAACUGUGAUAUCAUACAUGUACUUUUAUCGGCAAUAUCAGCAACUAAAAGAAAAGAGAUCUUGAUAGAAUUGACAUUUUUUGUAUUUUUUGCUGAAGGAUUUCGUUUUUGGAAACACUUGAAUAAAGCAUAGGAAUAUUUAUAUAAAUGUUGCAAUAAUAUAAAUACUAAAGUGUUGAACUAUGAUAUGAAAUAUUGAAAUAUCAAGACAUGUUGAAAUUAUAUCAGUACAAAAAUGUUGAAAUAUUAUCAAUAGAAAAUUGUUAUAAAUUACAAUGUUUGAAUAUAAAAAUAAAAUAGCUAAUAUGUUCUUAUUUUUAUUGUACUCAUUAUUAGCCAGGAGUUUAUUGUUGAUGGGUUGAAAUUUAGAACUCGGAACAGUUUGCACCGAGUUCCUCAUAAAAACAUAAUGUUUAUCUGUCUAAACAGUCAACUUGUACCAGAUGACUUGCAUUUAUGUACAGAUAACUGAUUUCAUUUAUAUCAGUUGGAUUUUUAUUUUAAUAUUAUAAUGCUUAUCUGUGUGUUAAAUUUGACGCUUGUUUGCAAUUUGCAUUUAUUAAUACUUACCUGCAUUUAAUAUGUUGUUGAUGGUUGCACGUUUUUUUGUGUAUUGAUUUGCAAAGUGCAAUUUGAUUAAUAUAUGUUAUUAUCUGUGAUAUUUUUAGCUAAUUCUAUUCUUUCUUUAUCUUAAACAAGUAUUCAAUAUAUAUGGAAAGUAUUAAGUAAUCCGUCCAAAAUAAUAUUUCUUUUAAAUUUUAUGUCAUCUAUUUUGUUAAUAAGUUUAUGAUUGAAAAUCUUGCUAGAUCUUUUUGGAAAUAAAUGGUCGAGAAAUA